AAUCUGCCUCCCCGUAGUUCUGCCUACCGCUAAAAACCGACGCCCCGUUUCUCCCUCUUUCCCUGUUCACCCCACGCGGCCACGCUUCUCUCGACGGUUCCUCCUCCUCGCCUCUCCGGCAUCGCCCCAUGCGCCCCUCCCGCAGCUCCCCGUCGCUCCACUCUCUCCGCUGGCCCGCGCUCCGCACACCUACGCGGGUCUCCUCGGCCGACCCGCGCGCCGUCGACCCAAUUGCCCCUCCUCCGCCAGCUCGGCGCCGAGGACCAGCGCUCCGCCGACCCGCGCAUCUCCCUCCUCAGCCAGCCCGCGCGCCCCUCCUCCGCCAGCUCGGUGCCGUCGACCCGCGCGCCCCUCUCGCCUCGCGCCCACGCUCUGCCGACCUACGCGGGUCUCCUCGGCGGACCCACGCGCCGUCGACCAGCGCCCCCUCCUCCGCCAGCUCGCCGCCGCCGACCCGCACGCCCCUCUCCGCGCUCCUCUCUCCAUCCCGAGGCCCUCGCCGUCGCCCCCACAUUCGCCGGACUCCUGCUACCGUGCCGAAUCCAGGAUGUCAGGUGAGUCCCUCUUGCUCUGUCCGUGAGUCUUCGCACAGUCCCGAAGAACCCGGCCCACGCGACGAUGGAGGGGAGCUCCACUACCGCCUUCUCCGCCGUGAGAUCCAGAUAGUGCUCGUGUUCCUCGUGCGAGAAGGGAAGGAAGGGACCGGCGUUGCGAGUGCCAUCCCACGCUCGCCGUCACCUCCGCGCUCCAACCCCCACUGCGCACUGUCGUCGCUGUCCACUCCGCCCGAAGAACCCGGCCUACGCGACGACGGAGGGGAGCUCCACCACCGCCUCCUCCGCCGGGACAUCCAGGCAGUGCUCGUGUUCCUCGUGCUCUUCGUAGUGAAGACGAAGAAGAAAUUGGUACAAUGUUCGGUUACAACCCAGAUGGAACGGACUCUAGAUGGACACAAGCCGGCAAGCCAGCUGAACAUAACCCGAAAGAUAAACUCCAACAUAAACUACUCACAUUCCGCAGAACCUAACGACUGGCUCUGAGCGUAGCCCUCAGUCAACGCUCCAUCCCACGAAGGGAGAGCUCUUGCUCUUGUUCUUCAACAUUGGAAAUAAGUCCUGCAGUGCGUCCACAUGGCGCGGUGGAGGUUUGCGAAUGAAAUUCUCCACCGCUUGCUCUGCCGAAGCCGCCAAGGGCAGAGGCGCGCCGACCUCACCGAGUCGGCGCAUCAGGAGCACCGACCCUCGCUAUGCCGGCUUGACGGCCGAGAGAGGGUCCAAGGCUUGGCGAUGGCUUCGCCUGAGACCAUCUGCCUCAGACGAAGGCAGCUGAGGAGGCGCGUCGACGAGGACAGGGUCAACUCGACGGCGACGAGGCGGCUUGUCCACAAGAGGCGGCGGAAUAUUCAUCGUAACUUGGCUGAUGAAGUCCUUCAAAGCCAUGGAAUUGCCGUCCUCCGACGCUCUGACCGUGCCGGUUGCCUUCUCAGAAGCCGGCACCACAAUCUCCUCCACAGGCGGCACCUCCGCAGGCGGCAUCUCCACAGCCGGCAACUCGGCCGAUGGUGUCACCUCCACAGGCGGUGGGAGUAUGUCUUAGCUUCCCUGUUGUUCUAAAUUGUAAUUUGAUAGUCAUAGGAGAGCACUAGACAGAGAGAUGGAAUUGUGGAAUUGCCAUAUGAUUCGAACUUGGAUUACAUUGCCGUCAUGUGUAACUUCAUAUGUUUUAUUUUUAAACGAGGUAACAUUUUGCGUGUAUGUUUUGCAUUUUAGAUCAGUUAUUCUGCAACUUAACAUGCUGAACUUGGUGUGGUAAACUUGAAGAAAAUGGGUCACAUUUCCAUAUACUAAUAUGGGGCUGAUACAUGGUUUGUUUUUGUUAAUGGAAUUAGAUAUGCUAUGCUGCAAGUUUCCAUCAGAUUAAGCACGCAAGGUCCAUAGAAUAGAAAUUAUACCAUUGCAGGUUGUGAUGUGAGGAUAUUGUUGUGCUUUUCAUUGUGGGAUACUUCCUCAUAUUGCAAAUAUGCAAAGAGGCUUGCUCAGACCUAUUCUUUUUGUCACUGGAAGCCUGGAAGUGGAGCACAUUAUUUUACUUUAUAUGAGAUGAUGAAUCGUGUAAAAUCUCCUGAGCAUGCUUUCUGCUAACUAAACUGUUGGUGCUUGGCAGAAUGUGAAAGAGGAAACCUGGGAAACAUUCAUCACUGACGCACUGCUCUAUGAGGUUUACUUUCAAUUUCAGUUGAGAUAAGCAAGUGAUAGUAUGGUGUAGCACAAUUUAUGAGGUUUGAAUGUUGAGACUAUGUGGUUGGUGUUCAAGUUGGUCCACAAUUUCAGUUCAUGUGCUCUGUACUUUCCUUCUAGCUGAAAAUGUAUAGCAAUUGAUCAGAGAACAUUUCUUGUCCCUCAUACAGCUUUAGAAUUCAAUCGAAACACUUUCAGUUCCCGAACAAUAACACAAGAACCAAGAGUCUCUUGCUGUAAGUUACAAUGCAUCGAGGAAACAGAUAAACAUUUUUUCUGUUAUGUGUCAGCAGAGGAAGAAAAGCGUCAUGCCUUCCACGCCCCUCGCCGUCGCCUGUAACAACAAUUCAAGCAUGGUGGCUGUUAGGGCCUGAAGUCUGAACCAAGUGAAGAAGAUAGAACUGAUGCCGACCAGGAAGCCUCACCGUGCACGCAGGACUUGGUGCGGGGCAGCCGGGCGGAGGUGAUGUCCUUGAAGGCUUGAAGAGAACCUCCAUGAACUUGGCGGCGGUGGCCUGGUCCACCGUCCACCAUGUUCUGGACUUCCAUUACACGAAGUUGCUGUUGGUCAUCCCACAGAGUGCAGAGUUUCAGAUAAAAGUGUUUUUUUUUUUUUUUGCAGAAUGUAAAGGGCAAUUUCGAGUAUAAACCUGAUGGUCACAAGAAAAGAUCCCGCAGGCAUAUAGAAGCCUCUUGUUCUCCGUGUCCACCUUGGCAUACAGAAUGUUUUUGCUUCAUCAUGCCCAAAAAAAGAGAGCAUGGUCGUAAACCAAUCACCUCUUGGAAAACGUAAUCAGGGAAAGGCUAGCUCAUAGUUGGAACUGGAACGGCAUAUCAAGGAUCAGCUCACCAUUCACGGUAGAACUUCAUGGUCCUCAUGGUAGCUCCUGCUGCAUCAUAUAUUUCUGUACUUCACGGUGGGAAAGGAGGAACAGAUAUUUUCUUCUUUAACCAUAAAUAAAAACAUUCUACAUCCUUCCUCUUUUU